AUGGAUGAACAAAACAUUCCGAUCGACAUCAACACGACGAAAUUGCUGGAUUGGUUGGUGAGCAGGCGACACGUUAAAACCGAUUGGCAAAACAACGUGUUGAAAAUCCGCGAAAAAAUCAACAACGCCAUACAAGACAUGCCAGCCCACGAAGGCAUCAUAAAACUACUCUCCGGCCAGCACAUCAACUAUUUCCACUGCUUGAAAAUCAUCGAGAUCCUCCGAGAAACCGAGGCGGAUUCGAAGAACCUCUUCGGCCGGUACGGUUCGCAGCGCAUGAAAGACUGGCAAGAUAUAGUGGCCUGUUACCAAAAGGACAACGUCUACUUAGCGGAAGCGGCCCAAAUGCUCAUUCGAAACGUCAGCUACGAGAUCCCCGGCCUGCGAAAGCAGGUCCAGAAACUCCAACAAAGCCAGUUGGAGUGCGAGAAGAACAUCAAGGAUUACACCAAAACCGAGAACUCCAUGCUCAAGGAGUUCAAGCAGUCCUGCGAACAGCUGGGCAUCGAAGGCGACAAAAUCAAACCCGAACUGCUACGUUUGCUCAAAGAUUUACCCGACAUAUACCGAGGCAUAUCGGAGAAGAUCAAAAUCGUUCAACCCGCUCUAGAAUUGUACAACGAGUUCAACAAGUAUCUAUCCGGUAAGGCUACCGACGUAUCCACGUUGCCUCUACUAGACCACCUCAUCAAGAAUGGUAACACGACUGUAUACGAAUACACUUACGGCGAGAAGCCCGUCGAUGUCGAAGAGCCACCGAUCGAGCCGUCCGAAGGCGAUAACUCCUCUUCGAACCUCGGCGACAUAGACUUCGGAGACAACGGCAACGCCGCCAUCGACUUCGGAGACGACGGCAACGCCGCCAUCGACUUCGGCGACGACGAGGCGACCGUCGAUUGGGGCCAACAGGACGACGGCUUCGAAAUCGUCUCGCACUCGGACCUAAAUCUAGAGGAAUCCGGCAUAGUGGUGGAGAAGACGGGCGUCGCCCGAGGCGACGAGGCCCUCACGUUGCUCGACCACCCCGAAACCCGGGCGCGAAUCAUCGACGGCCUCGUCGAAUUGAGCGCCUUCGCCAAGAUGCGUUUGUACGAAACGAUGCACGACGGCGACGUGCUGACGAUGUCGCGCAUGCAAGACGCCCCCGCCGCCAUCCAGAUGCAAACCUUGGAGUCGGCGACGAUGUUGAACGAUUGCCUGCAGGUGGCCCUCGAUCGGCUGACCGACAAGAGGAUCCAGCAUUUGCACAACGUCAAACAUUCGCCCAAGUACGUGGACAUUCUGACGGGGAAUUUGAACCAGAAAUUGGCCGUGGUGGAUAGGAUGAGGGCCGGCAAGGCGGCGCUCGAAGAGAAGAUCGUUCGAUUGCGAAACGAAGCCAACACGAUCGAUCCCGUGAUCGAUACGUUGAUCGAGCAAACGAAGGUGCUACAAAAGGAAAUCCAAGCGGACAUAUCCGGCAAGUACAAAGGACGCGUCGUUAAUAUAGUAGUGGUUAUAAAUUAA